CCCAGGAUCCCCACCUUUUGGGGGACCCUACUCCCUAGGCAGCUCCAGACUCAACCUCGGCUUGCCGGCUCGUCCCAUCAGUCGUCUACCGUACGAUGAGACUAAACACUCCUUGUUCAAAAAGGGAGUAGAGAUCCAUGCCCAAUUGACGUUGUUCCCCGUUUCCUGCAUCUCUGUACUCUUCCAUAUCUUCCAAACCUCUCAAAUUCCCAAUUCUGAGACGAAUCAAUCUUGUACCGUUCACCUCAAUUCGCCUCGCUCACGUAUUUCCCCAAGAUGACGUCCAGAGUCCCAGCCCUCGUUCUGGAUCGCCUCAGCGAUCGCGCCAAAGAGGCGCUUGAUCUCGUGGCCAAGUUUGUCGAAGAAGAGUGCAUCCCAGCAGACCCCGUCCUAGACGCCCAGAUCGGCCAGGGCGAUGCGAGAUGGGACCACCACCCGGCCAUUGUCGACGACCUCAAGGUCAAGGCCAGGAAGCUGGGCCUGUGGAACAUGUUCUUGCCAAAGGGCCACUACAAGGAGUCGCCCGGCUUCACGAAUCUCGAGUACGGCCUCAUGGCUGAGUGGCUCGGCAAGUCGCGCGUCGCCUCCGAGGCCGUCAACUGCGCGGCGCCCGACACGGGUAACAUGGAGGUGCUGGCCAAGUACGGAAACGAGGAGCAAAAGGCAAAGUGGCUCAAGCCGUUGAUGGAGGGCCAGAUCCGCUCUGCGUUCUUGAUGACGGAGCCCGAGGUUGCCUCGUCGGACGCGACCAACAUCCAGCUCAGCAUGCGCAAGGAGGGCAACGAAUACGUCCUGAAUGGCUCGAAAUGGUGGUCCAGCGGUGCCGGUGACCCCAGAUGCUCGGUUUACAUUGUCAUGGGCAAGAGCGACGCAAACAACAAGGACCCCUACAGGCAACAAUCCGUCAUUCUCGUCCCCGCGGACACAAAGGGCAUCACCAUCCACCGCAUGCUGCAGGUCUACGGCUACGACGAUGCGCCCCACGGCCACGGCCACGUUAGCUUCAAGGACGUCAGAGUCCCUGCCAGCAACUUGGUGCUCGGCGAGGGCCGCGGCUUUGAGAUUAUCCAGGGCAGACUUGGUCCCGGUCGCAUCCACCACGCCAUGCGUACCAUUGGCGCAGCCGAGCGAGCUCUCGAGUGGAUGCUCAUGCGCAUCAACGACCCGACCAAGACGCCGUUCGGCAAGCAGCUCAAGGAGCACGGCGUCAUCCUCGAGUGGGUAGCCAAGUCCCGCAUCGAAAUUGACGCCGCCCGCCUGGUGGUCCUCAACGCGGCCAUCAGGAUGGACGACCUCGGCCCCAAGAAGGCGCUCAAGGAGAUCGCCGAGGCAAAGGUUCUCGUCCCGCAGACGGCGCUGACCGUCAUCGACCGCGCCAUCCAGUCGUUCGGCGCGGCCGGCGUCUGCCAGGACACGCCGCUGGCGGGCAUGUGGGCCAACAUCCGCACGCUGCGGCUCGCUGACGGACCGGACGAGGUGCAUCUGCAGCAGCUGGGCAAGAACGAGAACAAGAGGGGUAAGGAGGUCACGGACAAGAUCCAGUGGCAGAAGCAGAAGACGGAGCAGCUGCAUGCGCAGUACAAGACCUCGACGUUCCAACCUGGGGCGAAGAUUACCAAGUCCAAGCUGUGAGGUUGCGUCGCGUCGCGUCGCCAGCUAGGCGUUUUUGUAUAGUUGAAUGAUAUCUUUUUGUGUACAACAUCGUGAAUGACAGGGCCUUUGGUCAGUCUAGGCCCUGUCCCUCCCCAGAUAGGGUUGACAAUUGGGAUGAGAGAAGUGAUCUGCAACCCGUUGGCCCGCCGCCGCUCCAUGUUCCUCUGAGUCACACUAGCACCCC